UAUAUAUCAUUACUUAAAUUUAAAUGGUAAAAUAUAAUAAUAUAAUAUGAACAUGCAACCCAUACUAUAUAUAAGGAUUCUAUUACACUAUUGACUAUUCAAUAAACUCAAACCCCCUAUAGCUAAAAACUCUUGCUUGUAUGAUAAUGAAGUCUCCCAAGCCAAUAUUUUCAAGCCUAAUCCUCUUCUUCUUCAUCAUAUUCAUCAAUGAUUUUAACAAUGCCCUACCCCAAAAGAAGAGAUCAUCAUCAAUGAUAAUAAAUAAGCUUAAGCCAUGUAAAAGUCUAGUGUUUUAUUUCCAUGACAUCAUAUACAAUGGAAAUAAUGCCAAGAAUGCAACCUCAGCUAUUGUUGGAGCUCCAGCUUGGGCCAACAAAACCAAACUAGCCGGGAAUGACCAUUUUGGCGACGUGGUGGUGUUCGAUGAUCCCAUUACACUCGACAACAAUCUUCACUCGGCCCCAGUUGGCCGAGCUCAAGGGUUUUACAUGUAUGACAAGAAGGAUGUUUUCACUUCUUGGCUAGGGUUUUCGUUCGUGUUUAACUCGAGUGAGCACAAAGGCAGCCUUAAUUUUAUGGGAGCCGAUCCGAUUUUGAACAAAUUUAAAGAUAUUUCGAUUGUUGGUGGGACUGGAGAUUUUUUCAUGUCAAGAGGGAUUGCUACUUUGACAACUGAUGCUUUUGAAGGUGAAGUUUAUUUUAGACUUAGGGUUCAUGUUAAGCUCUAUGAGUGUUGGUUGUGAUCAUGAUCAUCAUGAUUCAUAGACCAAUUUGACAAUUUGAGUUAUAUUAAUUGUUUUUUUAUUUUACAUAUUGGAGGAUAGAUUUUUGAAUUUGGGAUUUAUCAAGAGAUGUAAAAUCAUUAGACUAUGCCUCUUAUGAUCACAUCUAUAUUUUUAUGUUUUAUGUUAUCUGUGUUUUUAUUUUUAUUUGUUUUUCUAUUUUUUGGGGUUUGGUGUUGUUUGUUUUGAUUUUUUUUUUUUUUACCUUGUAGUUAUUAGAAAGUGUGAUCUAAAAAUGUAAUCAUCUAAAAAACAAGAAGGUGUGAUCAUUAUAUUGAUUAAAA